GAGAGAGAGAGAGAGAGAGAGAGGAGUCGGGACUUUGUGAAAGAAGCGCGUGAGUGGAGCAGGUGGUCCUGUGCUGAGUGGGAGUGGAGCAGAAUCACAGCACAUCUGUGCGCGUCCAUGUCACCAGCGGACCUGGCUGCGCGUCCAUGGAUGAACCGGCAGCAGCAGCAUGGUUAUUAACGGAACCUUGGGCAUGAGGUGGUCGGAGGAGCGCGGCGGCGCGGCAGGAGGAGACAACACCAUCAUCUCUGAGGCGUUCGUGCCACGGCUGCUCAAGAUCGCGCAGAGCGCCGCGGAGGCGGCAGCGGCGGCGACCGCGUCUCCGUCCGCCGCCCCUGGUCACCCGCGGGUGAUGGAAGCGAACGCGACGCGGUGCGGGGAGCAGAUCCUGAGCUACGGCCGCGUGGAGAAGGUUCUGAUCGGCGGCGCGCUCGCGCUGCUCACGCUCUCCACCAUCUGCGGGAACCUGCUCGUGGUCAUCUCCGUGUGCUUCGUCAAGAAGCUGCGUCAACCGUCCAACUACCUGAUCGUGUCUCUGGCCGUGGCUGACCUGUCGGUGGCGCUCGCGGUCAUGCCGUUCGUCAGCAUCACGGACCUGAUCGGCGGCCGCUGGGUCUUCGGUCAGUUCUUCUGUAACGUGUUCAUCGCCAUGGACGUGAUGUGCUGCACCGCGUCCAUCAUGACCCUGUGCGUCAUCAGCGUGGACAGAUACCUGGGCAUCACCAAACCUCUGACGUAUCCCGUGCGGCAGAACGGCGGCUGCAUGGCGAGGAUGAUCGUGUCGGUGUGGCUUCUCUCCGCCUCCAUCACGCUGCCGCCGCUCUUCGGCUGGGCGCAGAACGUGAACGACGGCAGAGUCUGCCUCAUCAGUCAGGACUUCGGCUACACCGUCUACUCCACCGCCGUGGCGUUCUACAUCCCCAUGUCCGUCAUGUUGAUCAUGUACCACAGGAUUUACCGCGCCGCCAAACUCAGCGCUGCCAAGCACACCAUCACCGGGUUCCCCCGGGAGGGGGAGCACGUCGCAGGGGCGACUCCACGAGGGGGGAGAGGUGGGCAGCAGGUCCCCCAGCCGGCGGAGUCUGGGGAAACUGCCAGCUUAGACGGGACGGAGGAGGUGGAGCCUGAGGAGGAGGCGGAGAGUCUGGACUGUGUGGCGGUGGCAUUGAAGCUCCAGCGUGAGGUGGAGGAGGAGUGUAGCACCCGCGUGUCUCGCCUCCUCAAGACUGGCGAGCAUCACCAACGUCGCAAACGCAGAAACCAGUCCAUCUUCAAACGGGAGCAGAAAGCCGCCGCCACGCUGGGCAUCGUGGUCGGCGCCUUCACCUUCUGCUGGCUGCCGUUCUUCCUGAUCUCCACCGUCAGGCCGUUUGUGUGCGGCGUGGAGUGCAGCUGCGUGCCACUGUGGCUGGAGAGGACGCUGCUGUGGCUCGGCUACGCUAACUCGCUCAUUAACCCUUUCAUUUACGCCUUUUUCAACCGCGACCUUAGGACGACCUACAGCAACCUGCUGCGCUGCCGCUACAGGAACAUCAACCGCAAACUGUCGGCGGCCGGGAUGCACGAGGCGCUGAAGCUGGUGGAGAAACCCGACAGUGAUGCGUGACGCCAUGAGAAACCACCACCAGGGGGCGACGCUAACCGUGUGGGGAGGCAGGAUGAUGCUCUACGGAGAAACAGUCGUUACUGUGGGUGGAGCUUUUUAUUGUUAUGUAUUUUCACAAAAUUUAACUAAUCAGUUUUUCAUGCGUGAACGAGCAGAGAACGGCGCCACCUUCAGGUAAAUGACGGAGGAUGAAAGACCUGAAGAGGAAACACCGCCUGACAAUAAAGGUUGACUGAACUUGACUGAUUGUUUAAUUUUUUUUAAAGUAGUUAGCCUAGCAUGAGUACCAGGAAAGUAGUUAGCUUAACCACAGGAACGUUUCUAGCUUAGCACUAGCCCCAGGAGAAUAGUAAGCAUAGCAGUUAGCUUAGCAUUAGUUAUGUGCACGAAUAAAGAGAAAAGUUAGCAAACACAGGUUAGCGUGAGCGCAUUAUGUU